AUGGCUUCGUGUAUUUUUGUUCCGAUGGAAGCAGAGCUGAGUCCAGGAUCGGUGGAGCAGUGGCUUUCGACGGUGAAGGAUGGAAAUAAGUACGAUCAAGGAAAAAGAUCGGAACUGUCGAUCAAGGUGAAGAAACAUCUCUCGGCUCUCGGUUGGGCUUUCGCUUACCCUCAUCAAGGCAAGAGGCGAGAGUUGCGUUAUAAGUCUCCCACCGGAAAGUGGUUUUACUCUUUAGCUACGGCUUGUAUGUCUUGUGUCAGCCUGCAAGACUCUCAACAACAACAACAACAAAUCGUUCCCAAAUAUGACUUGUCUUGCUCUCCAAGUAAUCUUUCCUCAGUAUUGAAGCAGGAGAAGAAAAGGUGUAGGGUUGAGGAUUGCGAUAUCAGUACCACAGCUCCGGAUAAACAGAAACAUUCGUCUGAUGAAUUGAUCAAAAUCGCUCCAAAUUUUGAUGUAUCCAACAAACAAAAGAAGAAGAAGAUAAUGAAAAGAGUGGAGGAUUGUGAUACGGCUGCGCUUAAUGGGGACCAAGAGAAGAUCAGAAUCGUUCUCAAUGUUGAUGUAAAAAGCCAACAACAAAAUAAGAGAAGGAAGACAGCGAGUGAAGAGAUUCGGAGGUCGAGGAUAGGGAAAUCUCUGAAGAAGGUCUUACAUGUGAUGGAAAAGAAGCAGCAGAAGGACAAUCAUGAAACAGAGUCUCUAAGGUACUGUAGAAAAGAUCGUGGUCCGGACACGAACUGUGAUGUGUGUUGUGUUUGUCACUCUGGAGGAGAGUUGCUUCUGUGUGAUGGUUGUCCUUCAGCUUUUCACCAUACUUGCCUCGGUCUGUCGAGUCUUCCCGAGGAAGACCUCUGGUUCUGUCCUUGUUGCUGCUGCGAUAUCUGUGGAUCAAUGGAAUCACCUGCAAACAGUAAGUUGAUGAAUUGUGAGCAGUGCCAAAGAAGAUUCCAUCUCAAGUGUUUGAAAGAAGAGCCUUGCUUUGUUACCAGUAAAGGCUGGUUCUGUAGUAUUCAGUGCAACAGAGUCUUUUCUGCGCUUCAGAAUCUACUAGGAUGUAAGAUUGCAGUAGGCGAGGACGGUGGUUUGGUCUGGACAUUGAUGAGAGCUCCCAACGAAGAUGAACACUAUGAUGAUGAAAAAAUAUCCAAGCUAGAAUCUGCUGUCGAGGUACUUCACCAAGGGUUUGAGCCUAGCAAAGAUAUUUUAUCUGGGAGAGACCUUGUUGAGGAACUGAUAUACAGGAGGGACGGGAAUGGGGUGGGCCGCGGAUUUUACACGGUCUUGAUAGAGAGAAAGAACGAACUUGUUACGGUGGCUGCAGUGAGAGUGGAUAAAGAUGUAGCCGAGAUUCCUUUGGUGGCGACAUUGUCUAAGUACAGGAGAAGUGGGAUGUGCAGAGUGCUUAUGGAUGAGUUGGAGAAGCAAAUGUCUCAAAUGGGAGUUCGUAGACUGGUCUUACCGGCUGCACAAGAGGUUGUGACCACUUGGACUCAGCGGUUUGGGUUCUCGGUUAUGGAAACUUCGGAGAGGAUGGAGCUGGUGAAACAUGGGAUGCUUGAUUUCGUUGGUACUGUCAUGUGUCAUAAGUUUCUUCUCAAGGAAAAAGGAGAAGAUGAUUCAGCAGAGGAGUCAAGCCUCACAGAAUAA